AUGCGCCUCAAAUACAUUUAUCAUGGCAAAGAUACUGUACCACAUCCCUUCCAUGUGAAGUCUAGUUGGAUUCCCCCAGUUCAACGGUCAGUUGCUCUAGAAUCCUAUUUAGAGGAAGUCAAACUACGGCUAACAGAAGUGCCACUAAAUAAACCUAAAAACAAUCUGCCGCCUGGGGAGCGCCGAGCGCUCCGUGAACUUAUUCAAAACAAAGAAAUAAUCCUUACCCUUACGAAAUGAGACACUAUCUUUUUUCUAUCUUAAAGCUAGUUAAUGAAACUAUCAACAAGCUAUCUUGUUUCUAGUUUAUUCCUAUCUUCAUGCCCUGUGUGCCACUAAUAACUAAUUACUAUCUUAAGCCUAUCUUAAUAAUAACUAAUUUCUAGUUAUUUGGAACCAUGCAGAUAGGCUAUCUAAAUACUAUCUUAAAAAGGAAAUUUUUGCAUGGCUGCAAUAAUUAGCUUUUGGAUACACAUAAGAUAGAGUAAAACUAGCUUUUUAUCGGCUAAGAAGCUAGUUUUCGGAUACGUUUUUGCCAAUAAUGACAUCAUUGACAUAGUUAGAAACUAGUCAUUAGAUAGAAGUUAACUAGCAAUUUACAUGUAUUAAUGGCACGAUAGAUAGCAAUAAACUAGACAUAAACUAGUUGAACGAUAGUGUUCGGAUAGCUUUAAACUAGAUGUCUGGUAGCUAAAAGCUAGUGUUUGGAUAGCUUUAAAGCAGAUGUCUGAUAACUAAAAACUAGUCUUUGUAUAGCAAUAAACUAGAUGUAUGAUAUCUAAAAACUAGUGUUUGGAUAGCAAUAAAAUAGAUGUCUAAUAACUAAAAACUAGUGUUUGGAUAGCAAUAAACUAGAUGUAUGAUAUCUAAAAACUAGUGUUUGGAUAGCAAUAAAAUAGAUGUCUAAUAACUAAAAACUAAUGUUUGGAUAGCAAUAAACUAGAUGUCUGGUAGUUAUUGGAUAGCAUUUAACUUAGUUUUUUGAUUAGCUAGAGUGGUUGCACGGAUAAGAAUUAGAUAGAAGCCGCGUAAUAAGUUGAUCAAUCUUAGUGACAUGCCAUAGUUUUAACUUAAACCUUUUAAAAAUAUAAUAAACAGUACAUUUUUAAACACGAUAAUGCAAGUCAUAUUAUAUUGAAAUAUACUUGACUGUUGCCUGUAGCCUAUAGCAAAGGAUUCCAUUUUCAUUAAUGAUGAUUUAUUAGUUCCAUCGCAAGCUGUUCAAAGUUCACAUCAAAUUUGAUACAACUUUAGUAUUUAUAAUAAUUUAUAUAAGAACUCAGCUGCAUGUCUGCGCCACUUUCUAAUUUAUCCACAACACCUUCUUUACAUUGGAAAGCUUUGAUCCACUUGCCUUUCCCUUUUGCUCUGCAAAGAAGACAUAAAUAUUAAAGGUGAACAAUUUGCCAAUUAUAAGAAUAAAGUUAUUCCAUUAAAGAGUUCUUUAUGGUAUUAAUUGUUUUUUAAAUUUAUCGGCCACUACUUGAAUAUCGCGGAUCUAUUCAAGAGGAGCCAUAAACCCGAUGUGCCCUUAGACUGGUUUCUCUUUACAUGUGUAAUACAGAAGAACAAUUAUAGCUAGCCAUGAAAGAAAAUAAAUUUAACCGUCUAAAACCAAACACAAACAACUUUUACUUAAUUGUUUACAGUAAGACAAUUCCGUGCUUCCAAAUAUUUGUUUAUCUUAUCUUAGCGGAAAAGGCGGCGCAUUCCAGUAGCACCGGCCAAGACUUUUAGAAAAAACCACAAGUUAAGCUCCGGAAACUUGAGGGUCACGUCACAUCGAUGGUUUUUUCAUUCAAAAAAGUAAAGAAACAGUAAAGUAAGGAAUUAUAAAAUACGCUUAUAAAAAAAUUUAUCAGUCACUGAAUGGAACAAUAACCACCAAGCUUAUUUAACUUAACCCUUUUUUUUCGAUCAUCAUCAGCCAAAAAACCUCUUGAUAAUAACUGACAAACGGUCUGUGACAAUCUUCUUUAAAAAAUCCUACUUAAUAUCAUUCACGGAUAGUUGCGCUAAAGAAUACGUUUCCCAUAGGACUUUCAAAAGUGAACAAACUAUAACUAGCGCUGACAAGCUUGAUCAGGAGUUAAACUAUAAGGUCAGUGUGCUGUUUGACUUGGCUCCCAGUUGUACUGAAUGUCACACUAAACGUUGGUACCGCUUCUUCAAGAAAAAUUUAAAACGAACAAGAACCCACACAUUACGACUAAAGCAAUAGAAGGUGAAUUAUACACAAACCUUAAAGAAAUGAGUAAAUCCUUUCAGUUUGAUAUCCUCUAUCCACGAUGAUUAGACCUUCGUUCAACCGACCCACGACUUCAACGGUUACUUCCAACGGCCGAAGAUCGAAUGAAAGGCGAUUGUGUUUUCGCGCGAUUUUUUAAUUGAACGAAGACCCGGAUGAAAGGCAGUCAACGGUAUUUCCGUUGUCACGUACCGCACCAGAGAGUCAACUACUGCUUGUUUGCGCUCAUCACGCUUAAUGAUAUCAGUUAUGAAUCCAAAAAGUAACAAAAUGGCUGAGAAAAAGGAAAAGUUCGGUUAUGAAGGACAGUGCAAGCGGAGAAAAAAAUUCCGAAAAGGUAUAUGAUAUCGUGGAGUUAAAGAGAUUUCGCAUUCGUGUCAUCGAUUCGACGUAGACUGAGGAAUGCUGGCGAACUCGAUCCUCAGGCAUCCUCUCCUUGUACUGGAAUAUUUCUAUUUUCAUCCUAAAGAAAGCGGUUCACCUUCAUCAUCUGCGAUCACAAAAGGGAGAUUCAGGUAUUUUGAAAAAACAGGCCUUCUUAAAAUGAGUCAGACGCGAUUGAUCAAGAUUGAUAUUGCAGUAACAGUAUUAUCGUGUCGUGUGGAAGGUAAUCGAGCUUGGCACGAUAAUUAAUUAUUACAGUCCUCCAACACACAACUGAGCACAACGCUUUUUAAAGAAAAAUUUUCGCAAAUGGCUGUUCAAUAUUACAAGGUACUGUUGGUACACAUGUAGGAAACUGAAACGAAAAAAGAAAUAAUCAAAGCAAGCCUUCAUCGAGAAAUUGUGGUGUGGAUGAUGUGAUUCUCUGUGACUUUAUAAGAAAGCAGAUAAAGGCACAACAACCGUCAUAAUGAAAAGAGAGAACAAAAUAAAUGAGGGACAAAAACAGUUGGAUGAUAGAAACAAAUAUCAACCUUUGGAAAAACCAAUGGUUAAGGACACAUCCCAGAGAGUUAAACACCUGAUUAACACUCUACAUAACGAAGGUUUCAUUGACGAAAUGACAGUAAAAUGGUUUAACCAGACACCAGAUCCGCCACGAAUUCCAGUAUUCUACACUCUCACAAAAAUACACAAACCGACUUUAGUUGGAAGACCUAUCAUUUCGGGGUGCGAUGGCCCCACAGAACGCCUCUCAUCAUUUGUAGACAAGCUACUUCAGCCAAUAGCACAAAUACAAGACUCGUAUCUUAAAGAUACGACACAUUUUAUAAGAUUUAUCGAAAACACUAGGGUGCCUAGUAACGCUUUCUUAAUCUCAAUGGAUGUCACCAGCCUUUACACGAAUAUCCCACAGGAGGAAGGAAUUACUAUAGUAUGCAACGCAUACGAAAAAUUUCAUGACAAAAACCCUCCUAUGGCUACACACCUGCUUAAAGAAAUGCUCAGUCUUAUCCUUAAAGAGAACUCUUUCCAUUUCAAUGGGAAAGACUAUCUCCAGACUCACGGAACUGCUAUGGGCACGAAAAUGGCAGUAGCUUUUGCCAACAUUUUUAUGGCAACAAUAGAAAAGGAGAUCUUAAAACAAAGCAGAAGGAAACCACUAACGUGGAAAAGGUUUAUUGACGACAUAUUCUCUUUGUGGGACACAAACAAAGAAGAUAUA